CACAGGACUGCAAAUCAAGUGAAACAAAUCUCCUGACAGGAGAAAAAGUUCAUGCUGGAGUUUUUAAAGACCUCAGAAGGCCUCAUGAAGUCCAAGCUGAAUAUGGAUAGUUUGACCAAGCCGGAGCUGCUGAUGCUUUUCAGCAUUCUGGAAGGAGAGCUGGAGGCGCGGGACCUGGUCAUUGAUGCCUUAAAGGCCCAGCGUAAAGAGCUGUUCAUCCAGGAGCGCUACAGCAGGUACAACCUCAGCGACCCCUUCCUGGCCCUGCAGAGAGACAGUGAGGCCGUCGGGGACCAGAACAAGGACCAGGGAUGUUCCUCCUCCACCUCCAACCCGCUGGUGGUUCUCAAACUGGUGGUGAGCCACUGCAGGAGGAUGCAGGAGAAGAUGUUGGCCCAGCUGGCUGCAGCAGAGAGCAGGCACAGAAGGGUCAUUGCAGAUCUGGAGGAGGAAAAGAGGAGGCACGCUGAAGACACAGCAGAGGGAGAUGAUGUCACUUACAUUCUGGAGAAAGAGAGGGAGCGCUUACAACAACAGCUGGAGUUUGAGCGGAGCCAAGUCCGUCGGUUGGAAAAAGAACAGCGGCGGAUUACUGACCAGCUGGAAGAAGAACGGGCUCAGCACAAACAGCUCUCCUGCGCUCUGGCCAAAGAGUGCAAGUGGGCAAGUUCCAGGGCUCUGGAGGAGGGUCACCGGAUCACCGAGCUGAGCUGUAAACUUGACAAGGAGAAGGAGGCUUGUCAGGCCCUGAGGAACGAGUUGGAGGACGAGAGGAGGAGAACCCUGAGGAUGGAGGCGAGGGUGGAGGAGCAGCUGGCCGAGUUUGACACCGAGCGAGAGCAGCUCCGCUCGCGCUUGAGGAAGGAGGAGGCUCAUUGCUGUCAGCUGCAACAACAGGUAGAGGAGCUGAAGGUGACGCUGGAGGAGGUGAACAUGAUGAGAGAUGUAAAGGAGGCAGUUCCAGCUCCAGGAGACGCAGAAGGACUCGAGUGGGCCACAAAGGUUCCUCCGGGAAAGACAUCGGUGGACGCGAUGACAGUCGAGGACAUUGAGGAAGACAGCAACCUGCAACCUGUUCAGUCACAAGUCAACGGCCACCACUGUCCAAACAACGGCCUCUCAGAUAACAUCUGUGCACAGAACGGGAAUGAAAACUCUCAAAUUCCUCAGACCUCAUUCUCCCCCUCCACUCUCCCUCCCUCCUCCCCCUGCUCCUCUCCUGUCCUAGCCAAACGCCCACCAGGCAGCCCCAGUCCUGGCAGCUACCCGUCUCCCUACCAGGCCGGCAUCAACCAGCGCUUCCACGCCGCUCGCCACAAGUUCCAGGGUACCGCCGACCCAGAGCCUCAGGCCCCGCAGCCUGCGCCUCCCCUCUCGCCAAAGGACGUCUCCCCCGUGACCGGCGGUUCCCCCAUCGAAGCCAACCCGGUCAAGCAGAUGGCCCGGAGCACAGUCACUCAAGUCCUGUCUCGCUUCACCACCGUGCAGCAGAGCGCCACGCCGAAGCUCGCAGCAACAAACAAUUCACCCUUCGGCACGGACUACCGCAGCCUGGCGGCGCCCUUGUCUCCGGUCAUCGGGAGGGCAGCGGGGGGGCUUCCGCAGGGGAUCAGAUCACCCACAAUCCCCAGGGCGGACAGGGGCAACCCUCCACCCAUCCCGCCGAAGAAGCCCGGUCUGGCACAGGCCCCUCCCUCCCCGGCCACAGUGCCCAGGUCUGCCAGCCACUACUCCGACAGCCCCCUGUCAGGCAGCUGUGGCCUCACCUCCAGCCAGGAGGCAGUCAAAGAACUGGACAUGGUGGUUUCUUCUAAUUAGUAGUCAUCUGAUUUGUUCAGAGAUUUGUCAGGUGCCACUCUGCUUGUGACACGAUGGUUUAAUCCACAUCUGAUAAUUAUGAUUGUUGAGAUAUUGUUUUGUACAUGACAGGAUUUAUAUCCUAUGCUUAUUGAACAGAGGUCCCUUUAAACACUGUUACAGUUGUAUUUAUUCUAUUUUUGUAUGCGCUGAAGCUCUAUUUUAGGUAGUGGGUUAAAGGGCUGGUACUAAUGAAGAGUUCUACAUGGUAGUUUUCAAAUGUGCCAAUACUGAAUGUUGGGCACACCGUACUAUUACAGUAAGUAUUUUUUAUGGUGUCAUAUUUCCAAAGAAUACAAAUCAGUUUAUCAUCUGAAAAGGUUAAUAUUUUAUCACUAGUAUGUUGCUUUUUAUUAAAACAAAUCCUAUAAUCUUCAGACCAAAUGUAACAAGUAGUCCUUGGAUCAGUGUGUUACAAUGUAUAUCUCAUGUACGUAGUUGUCUUUUUUAUAAGAAAUGUACAGUUAAUUUUAUAAAUGUUCCUUAGUUAUUAAUGUAUAAUAGUUUAACAACAGAUAACCCUAUAAAUGCUGUAUUUAGCUUUGAUCAUGUAUUACUGUAAUUUGCAGUUAUGAUAAUCUUAAAGGCUCAGAUUAUAUGCACCAUUGAAUAAUAAUAAUAUUUUCUUUAAGAGUAGUGAUUAUGAAUGUCAUGCUUUAGUCAUUUAUAAGAAAUCAUAAAAUACUCCAUUUUAUAGUCAACCAUGAUUGAUUAUUUCUGCUUUUUCAGAUCCUUUACAGUCCUGUAAAUGCUGGAAAGUGAAACAUGAAAUAAACU